AUGAAGAAGAGUAUGAGAAGUGGAGCUGUUUUGAGUGAAUGCCAAAUUCAAGCAAUGCGUCUUAAUAAGCUUGAACAUCGUCGUUUACAGCGUGAUAUUAAUUUGAUGCAUCAUGAUUUACGAGAAAAUUUAGCUCGUUUACAACGACAAGCACAAAAUUUAAGAUAUCGUUAUACAAAUAUUGUACGACUUAUUAAACCAAAUCAAUCGUAUCAAUUAUGGAAAAAUCCAUACGGUUAUGAAAUAGAACAAGAUGAAACUAAGAAUUCUUUAGAAUCGAUAAAACAGAAUGAACAAUCUAAAUCUAAAACACAUCAACCGCAAGUUUCAGCAGAUGAAAGUUCCUCCGAAACAGAUCUACCAUUACUAUUAUCACUUAAUAAUGAUGAUUCAGAACCGGUUGAACCAAUAAUAAAUUUCAGUGAAAAUUUUCUUCGACCAAAAACUUCACCAAUCAAAAAACAUUUACCGAAUCAACAUCGUAUAAAACCAAUGUUAACAAUACUCAAUGGACCUACCAUGAAUUCAAAUAAUCCAAUGAAAACACAACGAUCUGAAUCUAGUUCAGUUUCUUUUCUAUCAUCGACAAUAACAUCAAGUUCUCGAAUACUUCCACAAGAUAAACUUAUUACUACACAAAAAGUAUCUAAUCCUAAUGCAUUAUAUCAAAAAACAUUACAAAAUCAAACAGAUCAUAAAUCUGUUAAACGAACACGUAUUGAAGCAGCUCAAUUAAUUGAUAAAGAUUUUACAUCACAAUAUAGAGUUCUGAAAAGACCUACACAGUCGGCAGGUGUUAUCAAAUAA